CACAAACAAAAAAAUUGUGCGCACAGCGACGCGAGAGCGCGCGCGCGUAGGUCCGUCGGUGCGCGGGUGAGGAAGUUUGCGGCGGUUUUUCAAGCGGGCCAGCUAGCUCCUCACUGCUAUUCGAUAUCACGCCGGUUGAAGCUCUCAACAUAUAGACCCACUCGUCAUCAUCGGCGCCGCUGGUGUUCCUGUGUUGUUGUGUGACCGCUGCAAAAGAGAAUUCGGAGGAACGAAAAGAAACGCUGCUUCUCCAUACUGAAAGCCCUUUGCGCCGGCAGUCUGUGAUCUCGCGCCUCCUACUCUGAGAAAGGAAAUUGAUCACUGGGCUAGCGUCGCGGUCUCCGGAGAAAGGUGUCGGGGAUCCGCGCGCGAACCGACGCUAUAACCCCGAGAGGUAAAAACGCGAGCAAGCCUCGGGAGUCUGGUCAGCCGAUCCCAGCACGGACGGAGCCACCUGCUGCUGCUGCUGUGAAGGCAGCUGAAGGCUCCGCGUAAUCAUUGUUCGACGUCGUGUGUUUCGCGUUGUCUGUGACCCUCCUUCCUCGCUGACUGCUGCAGUUGCGUGUUCGCUGGUGUUUGCAACCCUAUACCUCGUCCGUGAAGAAUAGGAACGACCGAGUCGAGGCAAAAAGAAAUUUGACAGCGACAGACGCGCACAUACAGCCAACUCGGCGGGCAACAAAAAAGAGAAAAGGAAACCGAAUCGGGGAGUUAAGGAACACCGCAAUUCUGAACGAUGGAUUCGGUCAAGACUCCGGCCAAGAAGAUUCCCAUACACCUGAAGAGUGCCCAGACUCGCGUGGUGAUAAAGGGCGGCAAAGUGGUCAACGAUGACAUGAUCAUCGACGGAGACGUCUACAUCGAAGAUGGCAUCAUCAAGCAAGUUGGCAAGGACCUCACCAUACCGGGAGGCACCAGGAUCAUCGAUGCCAAAGGACAACUGGUCAUACCAGGUGGAAUCGACACAACCACGCACUUUCAGCUACCGCUGCCCAGCGGCAUCAAGUCGGCCGACGACUUCUACUCGGGUACCCGAGCUGCCGUGGCCGGAGGAACCACCAUGAUCAUUGACUGCGUUCUGGACACAUCGUGCUCUCCGCUGGAGGCCUUCGAGAAAUGGAAAAGCUGGGCCGACGAGAAGGUGUGCUGCGACUACGGCCUUCAGCUGGCUGUCACGUCCUUCGACCCGAAGACAAAGGAGGAGCUUGAGACGCUCGUCAAGGAGAAAGGUGUCAACGCCUUCAGAGCUUACCUCAGCAUGGAGUCCCUGAUGCUGAGCGAUCUUCAGCUUAUGCACCUGCUCGAAGUUUCUAAGCAUUUGGGGGCUCUGACUACAGUCCAUGCUGAGCAUGGUGGCAUCAUUACAGAGAACCAGAAAAGGAUUCUUGGCCUCGGAAUAACAGGACCUGAAGGCGUAGUCUACAGCCAACCCGAGGAGGUGGAAGCAGAGGCUACCCUUCGAGCAAUCGUCAUGGCCAAUCAGGUGGCAACGCCGCUGCUCAUUUCGCCCGUGAUGAGCAAGUCUGCGGCGGAAAUGAUUGUACAGAAGCGCAACGAUGGUUGCGUAGUGUUUGGCCAGCCCACAACAGCCAGCCUGGGCACUGAUGGCAGCCACUACUUCAACAAGUGCUGGAGCCAUGCAGCCAGUCACGUGACCUCACCGCCGCUGAACCCGGACCCUACCACACCUAGCCGUCUCAUGGACUUACUCGGAUGCGGAGACCUCCACGUCACCGGUUCCCAGCACUGCACCUACACAACAGCACAGAGGGCCGUCGGGGCCAAUGACUUCACCAAGAUCCCGCACGGAGUCAAUGGCGUGGAGGAAAGGAUGCUGGUUAUCUGGGAGAAAGGAGUGAUGACUGGCAAGAUGGACGCCUGCCGUUUCGUUGCUGUCACCAGCACGAACGCUGCCAAGUUGUUCAACAUCUAUCCUAAAAAGGGACGCAUCCAAGCCGGCUCAGAUGCAGACAUUGUCAUUUGGGAUCCGAAGAAGUUGACGGUAAUAUCCAAGAAGUCCCACAAUUCUGCGGCCGACUUCAACAUCUUCGAAGGAAUGCACGUCCGUGGUGGACCACAGUACGUCAUCUCUGGAGGACACGUAGUCAUGGAUGAUGGCCAGCUCAAAGUGAGUCAAGGGUCCGGGCGCUUCAUUGGCCUGCCACCAUUCUCACCACACACCUUCAGCAGUCUGUUUGAGAGGGAGCGGGCCAGCCAGCACCUCAAGGUGGACCGUGACGGCUACGACGGACCCACGGGGGACCAGAUGAUGAACGGAGGUGACGGUGCUACUCCGCUGAAGAAUCAGACGAUGCCCCUGAGGGGACAGGAGAGUCCCUUCAGCCCGUCAGAGUUCCACACCCGCGGACCCACUCGCAGCGGAGGUCGCAACCUCCAGGACUCAAGCUUCAGCCUGUCCGGAGCACAGAUCGAUGACAGCCAAGGCACAAGGAGCGGAAUCCGCGUCCACAACCCACCAGGUGGCAGGUCCAGCGGGAUCUGGUAGAGCCUGGAUGGAACGACCAGUGUCGCCUCUUAACUGUCAAAUUAUCCUUGUGGUCCCUGCCCUGCUAUACGAUCCCCUCCCCCCUCACUCUUUUUUUUUGUCUUCUAACUCUCUUCGAACUGCUGUGCGCAUUGAAAAACUAGCUACUGCCUCCAUAGACCUCAUAGCCUACAUUCGCAGCAAAGCACAUGCCCUGUUAGCUGAAGCUCUGUAAGCGUGCUCUGCCUGUCUGAGCAAUGUGCAAUGAUGGUAUUCCAUUCUGUUCAUGGAGACUUGCUUCAAGUGCAGUCGUGUAUGAUGGCUGUAACAGAGUAACUCCGGAACAACUACAGCUCGUUAAGGAAUAGGAUAUCACGAGGAGAGGAGCCACUUGGAGACAUCUUAAACAGUUACCUGAAACAGCUUCUUUUUCCCGCACAUGUGCUCCAGAAAAGGAGACAGUGUCUCGAAAAGCACAUGAAAUGAAAUACCUCCAUAUCCAGCCUCCAUAUUCAUUCUAUUUUUUUUUUUCACAAGAGAAAGCAAGAGUUUGGUGCCAAAUGUGUGUCAGACAAUAAACGAACAACUGCUUUGCACACAGCAGCAAGAGCUAUGUUUUUUGACCUCUUAAAGGUUGUGCUGUUGAUGGCUUUGUAUGAUGAACAGAAGCGAGUCGUAGAUAGGCUGGUCACAAGUAAACCGCCUCCAGCAGGAUUCGCAUUGUAGUUAGACAGUAGUAAAGUACCUGAGUUCUUAUUUUUUUGUGUGAUUUAAAAGAAAUAUCUGUGCAUUUUAGGUCGCUAAACAUUGUCAGUCAACACAACUGCGUUCCAUUAGGUUGUCCACUCGAUAUGAUGGCAGUGGCCGGCCGAAUUGCUUUUUAACUGAGCGUUGACAUAUAACUUGAGUGUAGCAGUAAAUAGCAUGUCAUACUUCACAAACAAAGGCGUCAGAAAAAGUGCACAAUACAGCAAAACCAGAGCCUAUGAUUUAAGCACACUUGAUCGUGUGCGGCUUACGAUCUUAUACUAACGAUGACGUCCACUGUUCUAUUGUGUUAUUGCACCACCAGGGGAAGAUGCUUAAAAGAAGUCGAGUGGUAACACUUGCCACAUUCGCAUUCGUAACCAGUAAGAACCUUGUGCAACCAUUACAAAUCAGCGAAUGCCAAGUGCGGUCAGCGGGGAAAUAAAGUAUUGUAAUGCAGGUCAUCUAUUCGGUUAUUUCCACCUGAGGCUUGCACGCUAGAUGCGAGGCCUAACGUUUUGUAACUGCGUUGUUCUGGAACAUAAACUGACUGUCAAUAUUCAGAAAAUCGGUGAUCUGGCAGACACAUUGCAAGUGUAGCUAUAGCCGAAAUGUGUGAGUGAUGUGUGUGCCUGUGUGUUUCCAUGACCAUGUCUGCAAUUAAAGCAAUUCAGACUGUA